CGCCGGCGGAGGGCCCCUCCCCGGCGCGGCUGACAGGCGGGCGGUAGGGAGACGUGUGCGAGCGGGAGCGGCCGGCGGCCCGCACCCCUCCCCGCCUCGGCCGCUCCGAUGUCGUUAUGUGGCGACUCUGGCCCCGCGGCUGCCCCGCGGCUGCGGCCUCGUGCUGCCCAGAUGGCGCGGCGACCCGAGCUGCUUUGCGGCGCCGCCAUCCUGCUGGGCUGCGCUUUCCUUGUCGCCCUCAAAGUCACCUGCAGGGUGCUGUUACCCAAAGUACAAGUGUUAAAAGUGGAUGAGGCCAGGGAAGAAAUCCAAAGAAAGCACUCUUCCUGCCGAGCAAAAGAUGUAACGAUGCCAGCAAAACUUCCAGUGAAUUUUUUCUCCACAAGAUCUCAAGUCAUUGAUCUUUUUCGGGGACAGUUAGACUAUGCAGAUCACCUUCGUCAGGAUUCAGAAAUUGCGCUGUAUUUCUUCUAUGCGCCAUGGUGUGGCCAGUCCAUUGCAGCAAGAGAAGAAAUAGAACAUGUGGCCAGCAGACUGUCAGACCAGGUGCUGUUUGUGGCUGUAAAUUGCUGGUGGAACCAGGGGAAAUGCAGGAAGCAGAAGCAUUUCUUUUAUUUUCCUGUGAUACACUUGUACCAUCAGAGUUUUGGACCAAUUGAAUACAAAGGCCCAAUGAGUGCUGUUUAUAUUGAAAAGUUUGUUCGCCGGGUGAUGACACCACUACUCUACAUCUCGUCUCGAUCAAAAUUACUAGAUUUCCUCUCAAAUUAUGAGCCUGGCGUUCUGGGAUAUUUUGAGUUCAACGCUUCGCCUCAACCACCUGGUUAUUUAACGUUCUUCACAUCAGCACUGCAUUCAUUAAAGAAAGAUUACCUUGGAACAAUACGCUUUGGAGUGAUCACAGAUAAACAUGUUGCAGAGGAGAUCUCAUUGGUGCAUUCAGGCAGUGUGUACUUGCACAGACAUGUCAACACAUCUCUUAUCUAUCCAAAUGACAUCAUGAACUAUACUGCUGAGAACAUUUGCAAGUGGGCUCUAGAAAAUAGAGAGAUGCUCAUACGCUGGCUGAGACCACAUGGUGGAAAAAGCCUUCUUCUAAACAAUGAGCUGAAGAAGGGACCGGCACUUCUCAUAUUUAUACCUUACGAUCCCUUAGCAGAAAUUCAUCCUCUUUUAGAUGAAAUUACCAAAGUGGCCUUGGAAUACCACAACUGCAAUAAAAGCCAGGCAGCUGAGCCAGAUCUUCAGCGCUUAGGAGACACUGAUUCACCAGCUUUUGAUUCCUCUGUACCAGAUGCACAUACGAAAUUAUCAGAAACAUUUUCGAUAACCAAGUCGCCAUGCUGUAACACAGUGGUGCUUCCACAGUGGCAUUCAAUAUCUAGAACUCACAAUGUCUGUGAGCUUUGCAUUAACCAGACACUUGGUGUCAAACCAAAUAAAGUCCAUGUGCCACACUGUAACUUUUUUGAGAUAGAAGCAGCUUUGGACUCUUUCUACCUCCAGGAACAUACCUUUUUUCAAGUUAUAUCAAAUACCAUAGAAUGCAGCAAUUUCUUAAGUUUCUAUAGUCCCUUUAGCUAUUACACUGCAUGUUGCAGGACAGUAAACAGGCAUUUUUUAAGCUUCAUUAGUUCUGAGAAAACCAUCUUUCAGACCCCCAAAGUAACAUUUUCUUCCCAUGGGAAGAAAGAUGACACCCAACAUUCUAUUCCUCACAUUGAGGAUAGGAAUUGUUUUAUUCCUGACCUUCAUAGUAGUGGCACUAACUUUACUGGUCUGAGCUGCAGGACCAACAAAACCUUGAAUCUCUAUCUACUGGAUUCAAAUCUUUUUUGGAUAUAUGCAGAGAGACUAGGAGCAUCGAGAUCUACUCAUGUUAAGGAAUUUGCUGCCAUUGUUGACCUGAAAGAAGAAGUGCACUAUGUCUUGGAUCAAAAUCAGUCACUUGUCGGAUCUACCCUGGAGAACUUCAUAAAAAAUUUCAGUAUUCUCUAUAGUCCCUUGAAAAGGCAUCUUGUUGAUGACCCUUCAGUCCGUCUUCAUGACCAGCGUGUAAUCACUGAAGUGACUACUAAUACCUUCCAUCAGACAGUGUUUUUGAGUGAAAAGAAUGUCUUGCUGCUGUAUUAUGCACAGUGGUGUGGAUUCUGUGCUUCUCUUAAUCACAUCUUUAUUCAACUUGCUCGGCUUCUGCCUCCAGAAAAUUUCAUUGUGGCAAGAAUUGAUACCACUCGAAAUGACCUUCCAUGGGAAUUUAUGACAGACCAUCUCCCAGCCAUUUUAUUUUUUCCUUAUGGGAGGAGAAAAGUAUCAGCAGAUUUGUUGGUAUUCUGUAAGUCUUACAUUGUUUCUCCCAGACAGAAAACAAAUUAAGCUUCAGUAGUAGUUUAAACACCUACAGAGGAAAAUAUGCAAAGGACAUUAAAAGAAGGGGUACAUGCUGUUGAAGCAAAAUUAUACACAGGAAGCGAGACCUUGAAGAAGGAGCCAAGAAAUAGAGGGCAGGGAAGUGUAGUUUCAAAGAGACAGCUAGGAUUGAGAGUAAAUUCUGGGAUGAUGAAAGAAAGCUGAGGUGGAGGAAAGGAACUGAUUCAUGAAUGGGUGAACUAAAAAUAAGCAGAACAAAGGAGGGUGGGGUAGAGAGGCACAAAGGGUGAGUCAGGGAAAAAAAGAACUCUGAAAGGAUAUAAAAGGGCUGGAGAGUACAUUUAGGACUGGCAUAUGAGCUGGAAUGGUGUAUGAGGGUCCUGAAUCCUACUCUUCCUCUGCAGCAGGGAAAAAUUCUGAAAUGCAGCAUCAAACCUUUGUGUUGUGUCUAAUCUGUACCAGUACGCACAGUGCAGGUGCAUGCAACCUCAGAUAGGCUAGGAACAAGAAAGAAACCUUGGGUGCAAGAGAGCAAAGAGCUUUUGAAAGUGGUCAAUUUAUUGUUUCAGUUGUGGUUCUGGUGUUACAUGUGUGCCCUGUGCAGUAGACUUGAUUGACCUUGGGUUUGUUUUUUCUCUUUAAAAAGAUUAAUAGUCUUACACAAUUAAGUUUUUAUAGCAAGGAAAUAAAAACAAGCACUAUAAUAAAAGUUCUUUGCAUUGUAAAAUAAAAAUGUUGAUUUCCACCCUUAUCCCUCAAGAACUCUUAUCAUCAGCAAAUGGUAAUUCAGAUUAUUGGUACUGCGAAGUGUUACCUACCACAAAAUCUUUAAACCUGUGCCUUAAGUUUUUCAAUUCUAAAUCAGUGUUUUAAUUCAGUACAGAAAUAGUUUCAUUUCUAUCAUCCCAAGUUCCAACUCAUCAUUUCCCCUGCAGUAAGCCUUGCACAUCAGACUCCCUCUGCCACAUUCCUCCAGCUCAGUUCCAGUCCUUCUGUGUUCCCUAGGUCAGUUGAGCAGCAACUCAGCUGGGAGAGUCUGCAUUACUACAAAGUCUGGUAUUCCCUUUUUCUUUUCAUAGAUGCUCAUUUUGCCCUGGUCUGUGUUAUAAAGGAGCUCUAGACUGUCUCUGGUGUGACAGACUUUAUAGUUUUAGUAAGAUUGUUUUUGUAAUGUUCCAGUUGGUUUCAUCAAGGUACCUCACCUCUAGUCAUUGUUUUCUGUCCUGCAUUUCCUUUCUGGUGUGUUUUAUAAUUAGUUGCAUCUAAUCAAGAAAAUUAGGUUUUUAUAGUAUCUGCAGUAUCAGUAGCAGUACUAGAGUAGUCAUUAUAUUAAUUUUGGAUAUAAUGGGGCCUCAUAUUAAGGCUCUCUGUGCAGCUCCUUAUGAGACAAUUUUUGCAAACCAACUGUUCUCAGUUACUUUCCACCCCAUGCUGUUAAUAUUUUGGUUUGCUUUUUGCUCUAAAUAGCCUUUUACCUUUUCUGAUACAUACUGUGGUUUUGAUUAGUAAGAAUGGAUGAUGAUGUAGUAAAAUAUUACCAUUGUAUAAUGAGUCAGUUUUGCCAUAGUGUAGACUAUUUUUCACCUAAAUCAUGUUAUGGUUCAUUAAACUUGGAUGGGAGCUGAUUGUUAGCUCAGAAACUGCUCAUGCUAAUUAUAAGACUAACUCGGUUCUUCACUAGAAGUCUGCAGGGGAGGAAAAAUCAUGUUGCUUGUGCUUCCAGAAAUAACUUAAUUUUGAUGAGCAGGAGCUUCAUCUGGCUGAAGUUUUUUUAAUUACUGAUAAAGUACAGUAUCUGUCCACUACCUGAAACACAUUAAGUAGAUUUCAGUAAAUGUCAUUGGCAUAUGUUUAUAUCCCAUAUGCUAAUGAGUUGGAUAUCACAGAAAGCAUUUUUGAGGCAGCUGUAAUUGGUAACUGAGUAACUCAUGUUCCAGAUGCAGAGUGUGAGCAUUCAGAAAUGUAAUGUCACAUGCGGGG